CUAGAUGCCUGUAUAAACUUGUGUUAAGGCGAAAUGUGUCAUUAGAUUUACGCCUGCGAUAUUUGAAUGUGUUUUCUGAUGGGUUCACACACUUUACUCGGCAACAUUGUUGUUCUUCUUGUCAGCCUUCAAUAUACCAUCGCCCUUCGAUGUUUACGUUGUAAUGGAGUCACUCAACCGCAACUAUGUUCCGGUAUUGAACACUGUCCGGAUGGAGAGAUUUGUGUGACUGAAUCCUAUCGAACUGAUGAAGGAAAAACCUUAUUUAACGUUGGAUGCAUGUCUACACAGAGAUGCUCAUUGACUCCCCAUGGAAACAGUUCCGCCAAUUUUCAAGACACUAAUGGAACACAUGUCCAGCAUGUAUGUACAGAGUGUUGCCAUGGUGACCUGUGUAACGCUGCAAGGUGUGGUGCGGACGGAUAUCCGCAAGAAAGAGGGCCUGUAUGUUUAACUUGUGCUCAAACACGUGACCCCGCCGAAUGUGACGUCAUAUCAGUUUGUGCUCAAGGAGAGGUUUGUCACAUUGAAGAAAUCUACCAGUUUGGUGAUACAUUUUACAAAACUAGCUGUGUACAGAAUACUGACCGGGAAUGUGCUCCCCCUCCAGUAUACAACCCAGUAGAGAUCGGCAGGCGGGCUACCCGACGUGGAAACUGUUUCUUAUGUUGUCCGGAUGACCUCUGUAAUACCAAAUGCAAUGCAACUCCAUCGUUAGUGCCAUCAACAACGCAACCAACAAGUCUGUCACCAACAUCACACCACGGGUCUAAAGGAACCGAGUUUUUCCUGAUGUUUAUGAGGAAUUUGAACUAUGAUUACUCCCGUAUCACUCUCAGUACUACUGUUACAUUUUCUGCUCCUGAAGCACAAAUCCAAGUGAUUACAAGUUUGAAUUCAACAUCAAAACUUGUCUCUGGUCCAGCCAACCGUUUUGAUAUAGACGCCAAUUUUACCAUGCGACAUACUGGCAAGACAAACAAAGGGAUCAUUGUAACUUCAAACAUACCAAUAUCAGUCACGGCUUCCAAUUUUUUUAAUUGCUGUGUGGCGGAGGAUUACCUGGCUCUACCGAUAGAGUCUCUUGGUGUAUCUUAUAUCGUGGGUACGUUUAGGUCAACCAGUACUUUCGGGGGCCAGUUUGCAGUCGGAGCGCCGUACGACAACACAGUGGUUAAUAUUACACUCAGUUCCCCAGAGGUUUACGUCCCCUCCAAGUAUCACAGAGAAGGAGACACAAUCACCGUUGUGCUUGACAAAUUAGAUACGUUUCUUCUAGAUCCAGACUAUUACACUCUUAAAGAUUUGACGGGCACUCGUAUCGUUAGUGAUAAACCAAUAGCAGUAGUAUCUGGACACCGAUGUUCUGCUGGGCAUGACUACUGUAACCAUUUAGUGGAGUAUCUACCUCCCGUGUCUAAAUGGGGGUCAAAGUUCCUGGUUCCACCUCUCAGAAGUGCUAGAGCUAGUUACAUCAGGAUUGUCACCUCUGAAAACAACACUAAUAUCAAUGUCACUGCAAAACUAUACACCAAGCAUUAUAGUAUAUCUAAUUUCACUGAUAUCGUUACACUUCCAUACAAGCCUUACGUCGUCUCCAGUGACAAACCGAUACUCGUCCUGUUGUUUCCUAUAAGAGAAUCAAUCGGGAUGACCAUUGUGCCAUCAAUAGACCAGUUUUCACAUGGCCCUGUGCUCAUUGCGCCCCCUGUUAGAGCCUCGGACUUUGAAAACUUCAUUGUGGUGACAAUUCGGCAUAAUGAUCAGUCCGAACUAAUGCUCCAAUCCGUUAGCGGGACCGACUUGCCAAUUGUUGGAUAUCAGAAAUUCACUGAUGUUGACGGCGAGGAGUACAGCUUCAUUUCAGUCACAUGCAACGAUAACCAGACCUGCUCUAUUUCAGAUACAGAUAACAAUGUGACAUUUAGUGUUAUUGCAUACGGAUUUAGAAAACCGUUCAAACAUAUAAAAUCAAUAGAAACGUAUGCUUAUCCCGGAAAUCUUGGUGUAUUUUAACUGGAAAAGAUGAAAUUUCGCUAUAGAAAUAUAUCUAUUUUAAAUUUGAUCGAUACAAUAUAGUAUUUUGAAUGGUUGUGUGUUCUUUAUCUGUUUUUCGUUUGUAGACCCAUGAUCAAUAUGGAUUGGGAUAGGGAUUAAAACAAAAUUAAUGUGAAGCAUCUUUUACCACAUACAUCACGGUCAUGAGCAUGGGUGAAAGACGAAAGAAUAUACAUACACAGGCAAUAUUCUUUCAAGUGAAAUUCAUAUGAAAAAUAUUGAGGUGACAUUCACAUUAAUUUCAUGUGAAUUUCGUCCGUUGGUUUCACUUGAAUUUCAGGUGAAUUUCACGUAAAAAAAUAUUCGUGUAAAUUUCAUGUGAAGGAAUAUAUCUUGAUGUACUUUAAUCUUAACGUCGUGCGAGACAUCCAAUCUAUUCUUUGACAGGGGAUAUUUAUAACCAUCAUACAAACAUGUCAGCAAACGUGACCUUUGUUUGGCCAAUUUCAUGUCUAGAAUAAUAUGAUCAAAUGCGUAUGUUGUUUACAUUGUCACAAAAAGGGCCUUAAUAAAAAAAUAUCUAAUACACAAUUAAUCAAGUCCAUCCUUUCUAAUACAGACUCUUGCCUUGAUAUUAGUAACAGACAUAUAUUAACAGUAUUGAUAGUAUGACAUAAUCUACAUCGGAUCCGUUAUUCAUAUUUUUUUUAAUUCUUCAUCUUCCUUCCUUUUUGCGUCUUCCUGUAGUUUCCUUUCGCGUUAUCUUACCUGUUUUGUGACGUCAUUUAGGAUCUGGACAUUUGGAAAUACUGGUGAUAGAUUUUGUGAAUAGUUCUUUCAUUUUAUCUGAUUCUAGUUAAACAAGGAUGGGCCAGCUUUUUAGUUCUCAUAUGCUUUUGUUCGCUUUCCUACCAAAAUAACUUCACCGUUUCUUUCAUAACUAUGUUUGUAACAUAACGUAAAUCAGUUCUUGAAAUCAAAACUCCUUAACCUUUUUUGUAUUUUACAAAAUUAGUAAAUAUUUGUGUAAUUUUUAGAUAUGGAAUCAAAACAUCCACAAAUAUAUACACGUAUAGCAGAAGGUAAGCAUUUAUUAUCUGACAACUAUUAAUAACUAUGAUAGUGCUAUGAAAUGCAAAUUAAGUUACCUAAGUGUAAAUAAUUAAGUUGAUUCAGCGGUGUUCAUUUUCCUAAAGGUAUAUUCCAAAUAUUUUUACUAUACAAAUUAAUAGAGACAAAUUGACUUCGUUGGUCGGAGAACGUUUUCAUUCAUUUCAAAUAAGUACUAGACAGUCAUCGUUAAUAAUAUGAACUCAAACUCAAUUCAUAUUUUAAAGAAUAUUUUAUUUUUGAACAAACAUAAUGUCAUCAUAAUCAAUCCAUAUUACAACGAGCAAUACUCUAUAGGUCAUCGUCGUUUUCACAGGAAAUGUUUAUCCAUCUAAUGAUGAAGUAUUUUACACUAUACUGUUGAGUAUUCACUGUAAAAAUCACUGAACAAACACAUACUUAAAACCUAUUUUACCUUAUCAUAUAUGAAACUGAUUUUAGAUUUUGACAGUUACUCGCAUAUAUUAAAAUGUAACCGUAUGUUUUAAAAACAUAAAAGAUGAGUAAAAGCAUUUUAGGCGUACCUUUUUCAUUCAAAAGAAAUAUGAAGUAUGCAAAAAAGUUGCCUCCCUUUUCACAUCAAUUUUGCAUUGGUUGAUAAUACUUAGCAUUUUAAUAUCUGAAGUUGACAUUGAAAUAACUCGUUGUUAAAAGAAUCAAUAGUGGCAGGCAACAUAAUGAUUAUAAUUAUAAUUAUUUUGAGGAAAACUAUAAUUGAAACAAUCUGUCUAAUCAAAUGUAUGAAGAUGGCUGUAUUGAAAAC